AUGCGCUGUCGAUUAUGCUAUCGAAACUCGGAACGGGGCCCCACUCCAACCGCCUUUAAUAGUCACUCGAGGCCCACUCAUGGGUCAUCACAUGCUACUCAUAAGGCUCUUGUCCACUUCGUGCGGUUUCGUUACAUUUACGCCGGAUCUCUGCUUGUUUUUCUCUUGGGAACCGCUGUUAUCUCCCUCAUACAUUUUCGUCCACCACAACUGCAAAAACCAUUUUCGGUGAGUUUCUUUUUUUGA